CUACACGACUAUUGCUCUUCCCCUUCUUUUGAACCCAACCCAGAAGAGCAGCAUAAUCCACUAUUCACCGUCUCUCCCAUUCGAACGAUAAACCAAAGCGGCGGAGUGACAACAAUCCUCAUCUCUGCCCUUCUUCUUCUUCUUCUUCUUCUUUUCCAUUUUUUUCUACCCUGGAUCGAAAGUUUCCCGCCACUGUUCAUCGUCAUAUUUGUUGAACAGCGACGACACUCUUUCCCUCUCCCAAAGACCCUCCUCCAUUUUAAUAUCCUCAUCCUUUUCGUUUCAUUUUUUUUUAUUAUUUUAUUCAUUCAGUGAAAUCGCCUCUCCUUGCUCCAGCCGUUGUUACCUCUUGCUAUGAAGAACAAAGCACAAAAUCAUCGGCGGAAGCAUCGUCUUCUACCAGAUCCGGUAAAGGCUCCGUCAUUUUCGGUGUUGCUUCUCAUUUCUCCACCGUUUUCCGGUGGUUUCUUCUCUUAUCCCGCAUUCGGUAGCAGACCGUGACCUCCCCUGUCUGCGAGCUUGAGUCAGGCAAAUUGCGGUGGGUAGCCCAACUUGCUCUGAUUUAGGAGGAAGCAGGAUCGAUUGAUUUGCCAUAAUCUUUAAUUUCGACCCCCGGAGCACAUCGGACUUACUCGGAGUUCAUAUUUGCAGCAUCGAACAUCGGCCAACACAUCAUUCAGUCACACUGUUGUCGCGGCGCGAGAGUGAAGCGAGAGGUGGAAGGUGUUGUCGUAAACCCUGAAGAAAAACAGUAACGGCAAAAGCCAAACUGACGAGGAGAUGGAUAAGGAGAAACAGAGGAAGCCAAAGUUGGUGAUCGUGAUGGGACCAACUGGUUCGGGAAAGUCACGGCUUUCCAUCGACCUUGCAUCUCAUUUCCCUAUUGAGAUCAUCAACGCCGACUCCAUGCAGGUGUACGAGGGUUUGGAUGUUCUCACCAACAAGGUUUCCCUCCAUGAACGCAAAGGAGUACCACAUCAUCUUUUGGGUACUAUCAGCCCAAAUGCUGAAUUCACGUCCAAGGAUUUCCGUGAUUCUGCAAUUCCUACUAUAGAUGGCAUACUCUCCCGCAAUUGCUUGCCAGUCAUAGUUGGGGGAACAAAUUAUUAUAUCCAGGCUCUUGUAAGUCCAUUCCUUCUAGAUGAUUCGAUGGAUAAUAUGGUUGAGCAUUGUUUGAAUAUUGCCCCUGAUGACAAACAGGCCGACAAUAAAGAGGAUCUGGUUGUUGAUGAAUUUACUAGCAGCAGUUAUAACCUUCUUAAAGAGCUUGAUCCAGAUUCUGUAAGGCGGAUUCAUCCAAAUGACCAUAGAAAAAUAAACCAUUUUCUUGGCUUGUAUGCACGCACUGGUGUUCUCCCUAGCAAACUUUUGCAAGGAAAGGCUUCAGAGAAUUGGGGCCGAGUGGAUAAUUUCAGAUAUAAUUGCUGUUUUAUAUGUGUGGAUGCUUCUCUCCCUGUGUUGGAUCGAUAUGUGGAAAAGCGAGUAGACAGCAUGGUUGAUGCUGGCUUACUAAAUGAAGUUUAUGAUAUUUAUGGCCCGACUUCAGAUUACACUCGGGGGUUGCGGCAGGCUAUUGGUGUGCGCGAAUUUGAAGAUUUUCUUAGAAUAUUUCAUUCCAAUACAAAUGCAUCUCAUUCUUGUAUCACAAAUGCACAUUAUGACUCAAGUGCUGGGGGUGGCACGAGUACAUCGACAAACAAGGGAAAUAUGAUUUCAAGAGAGAAUUUGAGGGCUAUUUUGGAUUUCUCUGAUGAUGACUAUUACAAAAUUAUCUUACAAGAAGCUAUUGACAAGCUAAAAGCAAAUACCAGAAGACUUGUUCGUCGUCAAAAAAGGAGACUCACAAGAUUGCAAACCCUUUUUGGCUGGGAUCUGCAUUAUGUUGAUGCAACUGAAGCCAUAUUGUGCAACUCUGAUGAAUCAUGGCAAGAACAAGUGGUUAAACCUUCUGUUAACGUAAUCAGAUCUUUCUUGUUCAAGGAUGAAUACUUGGUGCCCGACUCAGAGAUGUUCAAUGGUUUGGAGAGACCAAAAUUAGUUUCAAGGGAUUUGUGGACUCAACAUAUCUGUGAGGCCUGUGGAAGUCGGAUUCUUAGGGGAGCUCAUGAGUGGGAGCAACACCAAAAGGGUCGUUCACACAGAAAACGUGUUCUUCGGCUUAAAAAGAAGUUGCAAAGUUCUUCCUUGGCUGAACUGUGAUGGCACUAGGCAGCAAGACAGCUCUGAAUAGGAAAAACAAUGUAUUCAUGUAGGCACCAUCUCUGGUGCUUGUAGCUUAUACAGCAUGGCGAUACUAUAACAGAUUGCAACUUCGAGAUGUAGAUCCAAGGUUAGGGGUCAUUCCUUGGUCCAAUGGUAAAAUCUUGGGCUGGCAUAUUUAAGAGAAUGGAUUUGAGAUUGUGUCUGAGGGCGACUACUGAUGUAGAUCUAGGGUUGAUAAGAAAAGAAAAAUGGGAGAAGUGAGAAAUGUGAUUAGCUUCUCAUGUCUUACUGCUUGAUUAUGAUAGAUUCCAAGUCUGAAGGAAGUAGUUACCUAAUCACACGGACAAACCAAAGGUAUUGAGAUUGUGACCUCUGUUAUUGGAACCUUGCUACCUAUUCUGUAACUUGAGAAAAUUCUGCACAUAUAACAUGGGAAACAUAUAUUCUAUAUGUUUUGGUUACGUAGGGAUAGGGUAGAAAAAUUAAUUCAUGCAUAUAUAUGCUAUGGAAAUUCAAACCUUUAUGUAA